AUAACUUCCCAUGAAUACCUCUGACCCGUCUGGGCCACCGAUAUCUCUCCUUCCAUUUUCCGUUUCAACUUCGAUCACUCUCUCGACCGAUGGCAUUUUCUGUAAAUAUCCUCUCCCAAAACCAGACCCUAAUUCCUCUCGAUUUCCCCCCUCUCAAGCUCCGAAACCCUAGAAUCCUCUUCAAAUCUCUAUCUCCUAUGCGAAAUGUCUGCUCUCAAAAGAGAAUUUCCAUCUCCGCAUCUGCUACGAAGGUUGCUACUGACGUCGAUGCUCAGGGAAAAAUCUCGGAAUCUCUUUCCAGGUGGGAAGAAUUUACUAGAAAUGUAUCUGGUGAGUGGGAUGGGUUUGGGGCAGAUUUUACUAGUGAAGGAAAGCCCAUUGAACUUCCAGAGUCCAUUGUUCCUGAAGAAUUUAGGGAAUGGGAGGUUAAGGUGUUUGAUUGGCAGAUUCAAUGCUCCACACUCGCUGAAACUGAUGAACCUGUACUUGUGUACAAACUGAUAAAGCUACUACCCACUGUUGGAUGUGAAGCCGAUGCUGCAACACGGUAUAGCAUCAACGAGAGGAGCAUAGGUGGCAUAAACAAUAAAGUUUCUGCCUUUGCAUAUCACCCAAGCGGAUGCUAUGUAGCUGUCUGGCCUGUAGAGGACCGGGAAGCAUACAGAUUGCUUGAGUUGGAGCAUUGCUUGGUUGAUCCUCAAAAUCGAGAGUCUCGUGUGAGGAUAAUUCAAGUUUUUCGAUUGGAGAAUACAAUGAUGAAAUUGCAAAACAUCAAGGUCUUCUGUGAGCAGUGGUAUGGGCCCUUCAGAAAUGGGGAACAACUCGGUGGAUGUUCUAUUCGUGAUUCUGGAUUUGCAUCUACAGAGGUUGUGAAACUAUCAGAAGUUAUAGGUGUGUGGCAGGGCACGAGCACUGUUGCCAGCUUUCACGGUCCCCGGAGAAUAAUUUUCCAAGAACUGGUGGAUGAAAACCCACGAAGCUUGAUGAGAGAUCAACAUGGCCUCACAUUGCUCCCAAAGCAGCUCUGGUGUUCACUAGAAGAAAGAGAGGAUGGCGAAUCUUGGGCGGAAGUGGGAUGGUUGUUAGAUAGCGGGCGUGCUCUGACAUCAAGAUGCAUUUUCUUAAAAGAUGGGAAGUUGGAGGAGAUUGCAAUUGGCCAUGAAACUUCAACUUCAGAGGGGGUUUAGCUGCUCUGUUCCUGAACUUGUAAUUUUGUAGACAUAUCAUGUAUUGUUACUCUUUUAAAGCAUAAAUAGAGAAUUCAUCACUCCUUGCAUAUAUUGUAUGAUGUUGCCUUUCUUUCCUCUACCAUAGAUUUAAAUGCUUCAUUCAUCACACUGGUUUGAAGAUGAUGGCGACUUCUGUGCAGGUGAUCUGUAUGUAACUGAGUGUUUUAAGGGGGUUUGUUCCAUGAUGUGUAGGGUAACUAGGUGAUUAAGAGGGCCCAGUAGAGGACAUCCCAGCGAUUGAGUUUGGUAAAACUGUAAUGAUACAAGAACAAGGGAGUUCUUCAACCUUAAGGGCCCGUUUGGUUACCAUCUUUAGCAAAUCUGUUCAGCUAAGGCUUGUUUGAAUAGACUAUUCCAUUGUAUCGACUGUUGUUUGUCAAACACCCCAUAAGAAGUUCUGCUUUCUUUUUCA